AUGGAGAGUGUCUGUGAUGCAGGCUGCAUGGAGACAGUCUGUGAUGCAGGCUGCAUUAGGACAGUCUGUGAUGCAGGCUGCAUGGGGAGUGUCUGUGAUGCAGGCUGCAUGGGGAGAGUCUGUGAUGCAGGCUGCAUUGGGACAGUCUGUGAUACAGGCUGCAUGGGGACAGUCUGUGAUGCAGGCUGCAUGGGGACAGUCUGUGAUGCAGGCUGCAUAGAGACAGUCUGUGAUGCAGGCUGCAUGGGGAGAGCCUGUGAUGCAGGCUGCAUGGGGACAGUCUGUGAUGCAGGCUGCAUGGGGAGAGCUUGUGAUGCAGGCUGCAUAGAGACAGUCUGUGAUGCAGGCUGCAUGGAGACAGUCUGUGAUGCAGGCUGCAUGGAGACAGUCUGUGAUGCAGGCUGCAUGGAGACAGUCUGUGAGGCAGGCUGCAUGGGGACAGUCUGUGAGGCAGGCUGCAUGGAGACAGUCUGUGAUGCAGGCUGCAUGGGGAGAGCUUGUGAUGCAGGCUGCAUGGGGACAGUCUGUGAUGCAGGCUGCAUGGGGACAGUCUGUGAUGCAGGCUGCAUGGAGACAGUCUGUGAUGCAGGCUGCAUGGAGACAGUCUGUGAUGCAGGCUGCAUGGAGACAGUCUGUGAGGCAGGCUGCAUGGGAACAGUCUGUGAUGCAGGCUGCAUGGAGACAGACUGUGAUGCAGGCUGCAUGGAGACAAUUUUCCCCAAUGCCAGCCAACAAAACAGCACUUAA